ACACACAUCUCUCUUUGUCUCUCUACAUUCUUUUAUGAGUUUCGUUACAUAGAAGAGAGAGAGAAUCAGAGCACCCCCACAAGAGAUAACUUUUUGUUCUUCCAAAAUUUACAUUCUACCGGAAACAGAAGAAGACUUUGCCUGAUCUUUUGUAAUAAUACACACUACUUGCAUUUGCAGGAAGAAGAGUAAUUGAUGUUGAAGACAAUGUUACUUCACGUGGUUUUAUUCUUCUUCCUAAUCAGCUCUGUCGCCGGUGGCUUAUCGAUAUGCAACUGCGACGACGACGACAGUUUCUUCACCUUCGAGGCAAUCCUCCAAUCGCAAAAAGUCGGCGAUUUCCUAAUCGCAGUCGCUUAUUUCUCCAUCCCAAUCGAGCUUCUCUACUUCGUAAACCGCACCAACGUCCCCUCACCUUACAACUGGGUCGUCUGCGAGUUCAUAGCCUUCAUAGUCCUCUGUGGCAUGACUCAUCUCCUCGCUGGGUUCACUUACGGGCCUCAUUGGGCCUGGGUCAUGACAGCUGUCACUGUCUUCAAAAUGCUGACUGGGAUAGUCUCUUUCCUCACGGCUAUCUCUCUAGUCACUCUCUUGCCCUUGCUUUUAAAAGCAAAGGUUAGAGAGUUUAUGUUGAGUAAGAAGACUAGAGAGCUUGGUCGUGAGGUUGGGAUUAUAAUGAAACAGACCGAGACUAGUUUGCAUGUUCGUAUGCUUACUAGUAAGAUAAGAACGUCUUUAGAUAGGCAUACUAUACUUUACACUACGCUUGUGGAGUUGUCAAAGACUUUGGGGUUAAAGAACUGCGCGGUUUGGAUACCUAAUGAGAUUAAAACGGAGAUGAAUCUUACUCACGAGUUGAGACCGAGGAGUGAUGAGAAUGUGGGUGUUGGUGGUGGUGGUGGUGGUUAUGGAGGUGGUUUUUCGAUACCAAUUACUGAGUCUGAUGUUGUGAGGAUUAAGAGAAGUGAAGAGGUGAAUAUGUUGAAUGCUGGCUCUGCGCUUGCCUCGGUUACUAGCCGAGGCAAGCCAGGAGACCAUACUGUUGGGAUCAGAGUCCCUAUGCUUCGUGUUUGUAACUUUAAAGGAGGGACGCCUGAGGCGAUCCACAUGUGUUACGCGAUCUUGGUUUGUGUGCUCCCGUCGCGGAGCUGGACUUACCAAGAGCUUGAGAUCGUCAAAGUUGUUGCUGAUCAAGUCGCCGUUGCGAUCUCUCACGCUGUGAUACUCGAAGAGUCUCAGCUUAUGAGGGAGAAGCUCGCGGAACAGAACCGGGCGCUUCAGGUGGCGAGGGAGAACGCGUUGAGAGCUAACCAAGCCAAAGCUGCGUUUGAGCAGAUGAUGAGUGAUGCGAUGAGGCGUCCUGUUCGGUCUAUUUUAGGCUUGUUGCCUAUGAUGACACAAGACGGGAAGUUAGAAGAGAAUCAGAAGGUUGUCGUUGAUGCGAUGGGGAGAACCAGCGAGCUAUUGUUGCAUCUUGUGAACAAUGCUGGGGAUGUAACACGUCCUGGUGAGAUGCAUUGUUUUAGUUUGCGUUCUGUUGUGAAGGAAACGGUUUGCUUGGCGAGGUGUUUAUGUGUGGGGAAUGGUUUUGGUUUCUCAACGGAAGUUGAUAGAUCAUUGCCUGAUUACGUCGUGGGGGAUGCUAGAAAGGUGUUUCAAGUGAUCUUGCAUAUGCUAGGAGGUUUGGUGAACAGGGAGAUCAAAGGGAAUGUGAGUUUCUUGGUUAAACCGGAAAGCAGUGGAAACUCAGAAGUAGGUAGCCAAGAAGCGGUUUGGCGACAAUGCUAUUCCAAAGAGUACAUCAAAGUUAAAUUCGGAUUCGAGGUAGAGACUGUUACUAGUAGUAGUAGUAGCGUUACGAGCUUCAACAUCAGUGAAGAUAUUGUAAAGUUAAUGCAAGGGAACAUUAGGGUGGUGGAAGAUGGUUCAGGUUCGGUGAAAAGGCUCUCGGUUGUUUUCAGGUUCCAGCUUCGGCGAUCUAUGCUGCCACUAGGCGGUGGAUAUUCUGGAGAAAGUAUUAAAACAGCAACUAGUAGCGAUCAUUGGCGUCAGGAAGAGAUAAGAUAAGGGGUUGAUUAUGAAAAUUUGUAUUGAGAAAAUGGUUAACUAAAGAUGGUUGUAUAAACCUGAAAAUUAUAAGGUUUAUGAACCAACCUAUCAUUGUAGACUUGUUACUUCAUACUGUUAGAUAACAGAAUUUUAAAAAGUUACUAGAUUUUAACCCGCGCAACCGCG